AAUAUGCAACCUCAUAAACCUGAUAAAUUAUAUUGUGUGUUUGUUACAGGUAAGACCGUUUACAAGUUAAGUAAGAGUAAAGAUGAAGCAAUUGCAGCAGAAGCAAAGAAGGUAUACAGGCUGUGGAAAGACCACUUACUUAGCAAAGUUGGAAAGCCGGUAAUUGAGGUUAAAUGUGACCUCAAAACCCAAAACUUUCGGAAUUCUGCAAGACAGAUGAUAUUAGACGGUCUGAAAAGAGAAGAUGGUGCAGAAGAAGGCCAGAGUUCAGAUGAAGCAAACGGAUUCUAAGCAUAAAUCAAAAAGAAAAAAGUCAGAGGAUGAAGACAAAGAUGCAAAGGAUGAAAAAGAAAGUGAUUCUAUUGAAGUCCUUGCAGAGUAUAUUGAAAGAGAAGUCUACCAGAGCACUAAGAGACUGAUCAACAAGCCUUAUAAAAGAACAAUAAGAAAACUAGUUUUUACUCUAAGACAUCAGAAGGAUGUCAGAUUAUCUGUUGUUUCUUCCUCAUUGUCUGUAAAAGACUUUGUGAAGCAAAAUCUCCAAGAGUAGAUGCAUGCUUAAGGAGUGUUUCAGUUUCCUGAAUAGAGAUAUUUUGGUGGAUACAAAUGCAGUCGGUACUUUCACUAGGCUGAUGUGUAUACUAAACCCAAUAUUUCUAUAUAGGGCUAUAACUGAGCAAGUAGGCCUUCCCAUAUAAAAUGCACAACUUACAUGCAUUUUCCAUGAGGAGAGAUGCACAACAUAUAAAAUUGUAGAUGAGUUAAAGUAAGCAACAGAUGCUCAAAAAUAGUAUCACCAGAAAGGACCAGUUGAUUCAAUGACUAAAGAUGACCAAAAUUGAUUGUUGUAUUUAUGUGAUAAUAUUUUACUUAAGGUGCAUGAAUUAAUUUAUGUUGUAUUUAUUGAAUAAGUAGGGUAUCUUCAACAUUUGUGGAUUUGUUUAAGUACUGUGAAACUUUUAUAUAUUGUUGUUUUUACUUACCUUCUUGUAAGGUACUGUAGUUUUACUAACCUAUGACUGCACAGCCUUUUAAAGAUAUUUUCAGAUAUGCAAGGUUUGUAUUAUAGUGUUGCUACUUGUACCUAAGAUUCUGUAAUUUGUAAUAACUUCAUGCAGGGUACAAAAUUAAGACAAUAUUUUGUGAAAAACUGUGAAAGAGUACUUUAUGAAUAAAUUUUAUACAAUAAU